AUGCUGCGUUUCCUGGCGCCCGUGGCUGCCCCGCUGGGCGAUGGGGCACUGGUGAUCGGCCGAGGAUACAUCAUGGCCUGCACGUGGCUCUACUCGAUUUGCAGCAAGACGCCUUACGAGCUCCAAGCUGCAACAGGUCUGGUCUUGUGCUUCUUCGGUGGAACCUUCGUAGCGCUGUUCGCUGCUGUGGAGGCCUUCCGAAAGAUGGGCCUGGAACGCCUGAACGCAGAACUGCAGUACAUAAUCGACCAAGCUACGUUGGUGGAAGAAGCCUCAGCUUUAGAUGAUUUGAAGGACGAGAAUGCCGACGGCAUUGUAGAUGUGGACCAGAUGGACGCACGGCAGCUGGCACGCCAGAAGUUGCAUGUGGCCAUGGUGAGCAUCGAGGAUCCGAAGAGGUUGGAGGCGGCAGUCUCCUACCUCUGGGCAGCCUGCCUGGGGGCUCUGGCCACUCUGAAGAUCCAGUUCGCGCAGACGGCGGGGCCAGUAUCAAUGCUUCGAAAUGCCGAAAUGACAUGGACAGCUUUCGAUACAGGAUUCAGGGUCGAAGCUGUGUGUUGCACGUUCGUGUAG